GCUCGCUUUUAACAAACGAUAGAAGAAGAAAGCCGGAAGUAGCGCUCUCCGCAUGGCGCUAUUUGAAAACUGAUUUAUCCUUAAAUUUACAUCUCCAACUGUUUAAAAUUUUGAAUUUAUUGGCUGCUUCUUUACCGGGACACGGAUCUGUCAGAGAUGGAGGCUGAUCUGUAUGAUGAGUUUGGAAACUACAUCGGUCCAGAGCUGGACUCUGAUGAUGACGACGAUGAUCUGGAUGCGGAGGACAGAGAUGUUGACGAGGGUGAUGAAGACGAUGAUGACGAGCCUGCUGAUGCUGAUGACGACGUGCCGGGCAUGGAGGUGGUCCUGCACGAGGACAAGAAGUACUAUCCUACAGCAGAAGAGGUUUAUGGGCCUGAGGUGGAAACUAUCGUCCAGGAGGAAGACACACAACCUCUUACAGAGCCCAUCAUCAAGCCCGUGAAGAACAGACAGUUCACCCUGAUGGAACAAGAGCUACCUGCCACUGUCUACGAUAUGGAAUUUCUUGCAGAUCUGAUGGACGGUCCAGAGCUGAUCCGUAACGUCACCCUCUGUGGUCACCUCCAUCACGGCAAGACCUGUUUUGUGGAUUGCCUGAUCGAACAGACGCAUCCAGAAAUCAGGAAGAGAGAUGAUGUGGAUCUCCGAUACACAGACAUCCUCUUCACAGAGCAGGAGAGAGGAGUUGGCAUCAAAAGUACCCCUGUGACAAUGGUUCUUCCUGACUCCAGAGGAAAGUCCUACCUGUUCAACAUCAUGGACACCCCAGGCCACGUGAACUUCUCUGACGAGGUCACAUCAAGCAUCCGGAUCUCAGACGGCGUCGUCCUCUUCAUAGAUGCAGCAGAAGGAGUGAUGCUGAACACAGAGCGUCUGAUCAAACAUGCGGUUCAGGAGCGUAUGGCCAUCACCAUCUGCAUCAACAAGGUGGAUCGGCUCAUCGUGGAGCUCAAACUGCCUCCCACAGAUGCUUAUUAUAAACUUCGACACAUCGUGGAUGAGGUCAAUGGUUUGCUCAGCACAUAUUCCACAGAUGAGAACCUGGUGGUGUCUCCUCUUCUUGGGAACGUUUGCUUCGCCAGCUCUCAGUACAGCAUCUGCUUCACCCUGGGAUCCUUCGCAAAGAUCUACUCAGACACCUACGGUGACAUCAACUACAAUGAGUUUGCCAAGAGGCUCUGGGGAGACAUUUAUUUCAACCCCAAAACUCGCAAGUUCACAAAGAAAGCUCCCAGUAGCAACUCUCAGCGCAGCUUUGUGGAAUUUGUCCUGGAGCCUCUCUACAAGAUCCUCUCACAGGUGGUCGGGGAUGUGGACACGUCUCUCCCCCGAGUUUUGGAUGAGCUGGGAAUCCACCUGACGAAGGAGGAACUGAAGCUCAACAUCAGGCCCCUGCUGAGGCUGGUCUGCAACCGCUUCUUUGGAGAGUUUACUGGUUUUGUGGACAUGUGUGUGCAGCACAUCCCCUCACCACAAGAGGGCGCUAGGAACAAGAUAGAGCACACGUACACUGGCGGAAUGGACUCGGAUUUGGGAGAAGCCAUGGCAGAGUGUGAUCCUGAUGGUCCUUUAAUGUGCCACACCACGAAGAUGUACAGCACAGAGGACGGGGUCCAGUUCCACGCGUUCGGCCGGGUUCUGAGCGGAACCAUUCAGGCAGGUCAACCCGUGAAGGUUUUAGGAGAAAACUACACUCUGGAAGAUGAGGAGGACUCCCAGGUCUGCACUGUGGGCCGCCUCUGGAUCUCUGUCGCCAGAUACCAGAUUGAAGUGAAUCGAGUGCCUGCUGGUAACUGGGUCCUCAUCGAGGGUUGUGACCAGCCCAUCGUCAAGACCGCCACGAUCACGGAGCCCAGAGGGAACGAAGAGGCUCAAAUUUUCAGGCCGCUGAAGUUCAACACCGCAUCGGUUAUCAAGAUCGCAGUGGAGCCGGUGAACCCAUCAGAGCUGCCGAAGAUGUUGGACGGACUGAGGAAGGUCAACAAGAGCUACCCUUCUCUCACCACAAAGGUGGAAGAGUCCGGAGAACACGUUAUCUUAGGGACAGGAGAGCUGUACCUGGACUGUGUCAUGCACGACUUGCGGAAGAUGUACUCUGAGAUCGACAUUAAAGUCGCUGACCCCGUGGUGACUUUCUGUGAAACAGUUGUGGAGACGUCAUCGCUCAAGUGCUUUGCUGAGACGCCAAACAAAAAGAAUAAGAUCACCAUGAUCGCCGAGCCCCUGGAGAAAGGGCUGGCUGAGGACAUCGAGAACGAAGUGGUGCAGAUCACAUGGAACAGGAAGAAGCUGGGAGAGUUUUUCCAGACCAAGUACGACUGGGAUCUGCUGGCUGCCAGGUCCAUCUGGGCCUUCGGACCGGACACAACGGGACCGAACAUUCUUGUGGACGACACGCUGCCUUCUGAGGUGGACAAGGCGCUGCUGGGUUCAGUCAAAGACAGCAUCGUUCAGGGCUUCCAGUGGGGCACCAGAGAAGGUCCUCUGUGUGAUGAACCCAUCAGGAAUGUAAAGUUUAAGAUCCUGGACGCCGUCAUCGCUCAGGAGCCUCUUCACCGAGGAGGAGGCCAGGUCAUCCCCACGGCCAGGAGGGUGGUUUACUCCGCUUUCCUCAUGGCCACUCCGAGGUUGAUGGAGCCAUAUUACUUUGUGGAGGUUCAGGCUCCUGCCGAUUGUGUUUCUGCGGUUUACACGGUGCUGGCUCGAAGGAGGGGUCACGUCACCCAGGACGCUCCUAUUCCAGGCUCUCCUCUCUACACAAUUAAAGCUUUCAUUCCUGCCAUCGACUCCUUCGGCUUCGAGACAGACCUUCGCACACACACACAGGGUCAGGCCUUCGCUCUGUCCGUCUUCCACCACUGGCAGAUCGUGCCUGGUGACCCCCUGGACAAGAGUAUCGUGAUCAGGCCUCUGGAGCCUCAGCCUGCCCCCCAUCUAGCCAGAGAGUUUAUGAUCAAGACCCGAAGGCGCAAGGGUCUGAGCGAAGACGUGAGCAUCAGCAAGUUCUUCGACGACCCUAUGUUGUUGGAGUUGGCAAAGCAAGACGUGGUGCUUAACUAUCCCAUGUGAGACUGCAGCAUCCACUGCAGAACAAAACUGCUCCCACCUUCAUGCAGCAAAUCCUACUUUUUAAAGGAUAUUAAAGGGUAACACAGCAAGAAAAUCCCUUUUUAUAGAUUCAGGUUUCCACAGUGGUUACUCUAGAUCUCUAUUUUAUAAUUAGGAUUAUCCAGUGGAAAUCAGUCAUCCUCUAAAAACCUACAAUAACCUGAAUCAAACAAAGGAUUGAUGAGAUCCGUUCUCCCGUUACAGAGCAGCUGUAAUUGUCAAACACCGCAGGAGUUUGUUGCGUCUUUUUCUUGUAUUUUUAUUUUUUUAAUAUGUACAAAUAUGACUGUUUUUUGUAGAAUGAGAAACUUGGACGUUAAAAAUAAGAAGACAUCGGAUGUUUGAGCUGGUUUAUGUCUGAAUAAAAGAUGUGUGUAAUUCAAGUCA